AUGGCUUUUCCAGGCAGUGUCGGGAAGCUGGAGAAGAUGCUGCUGGUGCUGUCCUGUCCUGCUGCCAGCCCACCGCUGGGACGGCUCAGCCAGCAGCUCCCGCUUCUGCAGCUCGGGAUUUCCUCCAGAAAAGCUCCCCGGGGUGGCUCUUGGCGAGGGAGGAUGGAGCCAAGCAUGUGCGCCUCAGUGCCCCGCCAGCCCCAAAAUGCCACCGCCCAGCCCAACACCUCUUCCAAAAGCACCAGCGACCUCUUGGUCACCUUCCUCAGCUGCAUCCUGGCCACCAUGUGUGCAGUUGGGGUGGUGGGAAACAUCUACACACCGGUGGUCGCCACCAUCUCCACAAGGUGCCCCAGCUCCAUAGAGGUGUACCUCGUCACCUUGGCCCUGGCCGAUCGCCUGUCCUUACCCACCAUUCCCUUUGUGGUCUGCCUGUACUUUCUGGAGGACUGGUACUUUGGAGACCUGGGCUGCAGGUUCCUCUUCAGCCUUGACAUCCCCACCACGCACACCAGCAUCUUCAUCCUCACCAUCAUGAGCACCGAGCUCUACCUGGCUGUCGUCAGGUCUCUGGACACCCUGCACAGGUCGAGGGACCACUGGUGGGCGGUCACCUGCUUGGUGUGACUGGUGGCCUUCCUCCUCACCCUUCCCAGCCUGACCCUCAUCGACCUGCGCACCAGCCACCGCGAUGGGGUGACCAAGGGCGUGUGCCACCCCACGUGGCGGAUGGGAACCCACAAGGUGUAUCUCACCAUCCUCUUCAACACCUGCAUCCUUGCCCUGGGCGCCAUUAUCUACUGCUUGUACACCAAGCUGGCUAGGACCUACUGGAGGUCCCAGCAGGCUCUUGUUCCCAACAUGGGGGAAACUGGCCAAUGUCCCACGCAGUAG